AUGUUCGAAUUGAUCGUCAUAUUCUUCUUCGUGCUCAUAUUUAUUAUGAUGGUAAGAUUUCCAUAUUAAAUAUUUUUGUACACUCAAUAAAGCUGUUUUUUCAGUUAAAUUCAUCAAGCGCAUCUGAUGUUUAUUGUAACCGCACCUUUUUUGAUCAAGGAGAAAGUUUUGAAUUCGAUUCAUGGUGUUAGUGAGGCUUGAUUCAAAUUCGAGCGUGGAGAUUUGACAGAAAGAGAAGUGGCCAGAUUCAUCAAGUAUUGGAAGUAGAAAAAGUUGACGAUGAAUUUUAUCGACUUGCAAUUGAAGAGAAUAAAAACCCCAUUUUCGAAAAUGCGGAUAAUGUCAGAAUUCAAUUUCAAUAUGCACACAAGAAAGUGAGUAUAAUCAUAUAUUUUAAAGAAAAAAGAACAAUUGUUGAAUUGAAUUAUAUUUUCAGAGUCUUUAA